CUACUCUCGAUCCUACCCAUAUAUACUCGAACAUCUCAUAUCUUUGCUUCUUACCCAUACUAAAUACCUAGUCCAGAUUCUCAACCGUCAACAUGGGUUCUGCAGAUCUCCCCACCAAGAUGAAGGCGUUGAAGUACGACCAGCCGGAGAAAUUCAGCGUCGUCGAGGUUCCUCUCCCAAAGCUCCGUGAGCACGAUGUCCUGAUCAAGGUCAAGGCCUGCGGUGUCUGUGGUACUGACCUUCACAUCCAUGAGGGUGAAUUCUUGGCCAAGUUCCCCUUGAUCCCGGGCCACGAAACCGUGGGUGUCGUCGCCGGUCUUGGACCCAAGGUCAAGGGUUUCAAGGUCGGCGACCGAGUGGUGGCUGACAACUCCGAGCUCUGCGGAGAAUGCUUCUACUGCCGUCGUGGUGAGGAGCUCCUCUGUGAAGACUUCCAGGCCCACGGUGUCACCAUGGACGGUGGCUUUGCCGAGUACUGUGCCUACCCGGCGAAGAGGGUCUUCAACAUCAAGAACCUCACCGAUGUCGAUGCCACCCUCCUGGAGCCGGCCUCCUGCGCCGCCCACGGUCUGGACAAGAUCUCACCCAAGAUGGGCUCCAGCGUGCUCAUGUUCGGUGCGGGGCCCACGGGUCUCGUCCUGACCCAGAUGCUGCGACAAAACGGUGGUUGCCACGUCGUCAUUGCCGCUCCCGAGGGUCUCAAGAUGGACCUGGCCAAGUCUCUUGAUGCCGCCGACGAAUACGUCGCCCUCUCGCGCAAGGACCCCAGCGCACAAUUCGAGAAGCUCAAGGCCGAGAACCCCUACGGAUUCGACAUUGUCGUCGAGGCCACCGGUAGCGUCAAGAUUCUCGAGGACUCGAUCAACUACGUCCGAAGAGGCGGCAAGCUCGUCGUGUACGGUGUCUAUGGCAGCAAGGACCGCGUCACAUGGCCUCCUUCCAAGAUCUUCGGUGACGAGAUCACCAUCCUCGGGUCUUUCAGCGAGACAUACAAGUUCCCCGCCGCCAUUGACUACCUUGAUUCCGGCAAGGUCAAGGUCAAGGGUAUUGUCAACAAGACCUUCAAGUUGGAACAAUGGGCAGAGUGCCUUGAGGCAAUGAAGAACAAGAGUGCCAUCAAGGCCGCGAUCGUGUUCGACUAGAGUGGAAUGGGCAGGAAUGCGGUGACAACCUCGUCAUUUCGACGCAGCCUGGCAUAAAGUCGUGUAAUAUCCUCCAUAUCUGUGAACAUAGUGAGCAGAGGAAAAUUAAGUAGAAAGGGUAGAUUGGAAAAAGAAGCGAGUUUGACUG